CACGCAUGAUGAGUCGAGCGGGAUGUAGUGUUAGCGGUCAGGCAGACCCAAGGAAGCCCGCGAAGAUCAUCCAACUGGCUCUACAUUCUUCUUCAGGAUUGAUAUCCUCCCGAGCUCCAUGUGCAUUAACUGAGUUGGAUCUGAGGUCUUGAGCGUCGGUGAUCGACGGCCCUUGAUUCUGCUUCCGACGCAUCUCGCCCACCGACUCCGAUCCGGUGCGACCUGGCUCUCCGCACAAGCUCCGCCAAGGUCGCUUGCCGCAUAUCGUGGUGCUGGAAGACUAACCCAAGGAGCCAAAUCGGAUUCGAAGAGCCAUACAUUCGCGUCUCUAUCGAUUUUCAGUCAGAGAGUUCCUUGGCGCACAGUUGUCGCAUCGUCACAAAUCUCCACCCCAAAUACUUGAAACUCGGACCUCUUGCUGGUUUCAGAUGGAUUGAGCGGCGCAUCGCACGACUUGAUAUGGGGACAAAAACAUGUAGGAACGGUGGGUAUUCAGGCUCGAGCGGCCUCGGUCGCUGUGAG